UAAGCUUGAAACAAGAAGCGUCUCGAUCAUGUCUGGAAGAGGCAAAGGCGGUAAAGGACUCGGGAAAGGAGGCGCUAAGCGUCACCGUAAAGUGCUGCGCGAUAACAUCCAGGGAAUCACCAAACCCGCCAUUCGUCGUCUCGCUCGCCGCGGCGGAGUCAAGCGUAUCUCCGGUCUGAUCUACGAGGAGACCCGCGGGGUGUUGAAGGUCUUCCUGGAGAACGUUAUCCGCGAUGCCGUCACCUACACCGAGCACGCCAAGAGAAAGACCGUCACCGCCAUGGACGUAGUGUACGCGCUCAAACGACAGGGACGCACCUUGUACGGCUUCGGAGGAUAAACGCCUUCAAUCUCCACAAACAACGGCUCUUUUAAGAGCCACCCACACUCUCACACAAAGAGACAAACACGAAGUCAUUAAGUCGCAUUAAUAACAACACGUAGUUCAAGACGUAUUCAGAAAUUAUAAACAAAAGCUCUUAUCAAAAUUUAUAACGAAAUCGGUAACUUGAACAUUAAGGGGAUUGUAUAUUAUAACCAUUUCUGAAGAUCCAACAAUAAGAGGUCUGUCUGUAUGUAAGUAUAUUUACUAAACGGAGAAUAUAUUAAAGUCGGUGUUAUGUUUGGUUCAAUGUAACGUAAUAAAACCAAAUGAUAAAUAUUAACUUUCACUGGAAGCUAAUUAAGAAACAUUCAAACACAUCACAACAGUAAAAGGGUGUUCAAUAGUUUCAGGAAUAAAAGAACAAAGUCUUUUCUGUAAAAAUGUUCCUGUGGAUAUGUUCUGAAUAUAAUUUAUAAUUAAUGUUUUUAAAUUUGGAGCAAUGACUUAAAGCAGCUUUUUAACACUGAACCUGUAACAGUGAAAAUCAUAAACAUACUUAAAAACUGGAAAAUUAAUGUUAUUACACUUAAUUUCUAUAAUAAAAAUCGUCAUGAUGCAAUAGAUUUGAAUUACUGCA